GUGUGCUCCAGCCAUAAAAUUCGGUUUGUGGCAUUCUUUUCAAGAAAUAUAAAUAUAAAUCUGUACAUCUGUACGUAUCUCAUCGUUUAUUUCCUUUAAACUGUUCUUAUAUCUGUCUAUAUAUCUAGAGAGAGAGAGAGAGAGAGAUUGUUGAUUUCUGCUCAUGGGUACCCAGGAAGAUGAGAGAGUGGAGGAGAGAUUGCUCUUGGAAGAUGGUCUUCCACAGAAUGAAAGCAGUGGACUUUACACAGGAGAUGGUUCAGUGAACAUUAAGGGGGAACCCGUGUUGAAGAGCAACACUGGGAAGUGGAGAGCAUGCCCCUUCAUUCUUGGUAAUCGAUUCACUUAUCUCACCACAAAAUUACACGAAGGAAAUGUCUCUGCUGCAAGAAAUGUUACCACUUGGUCAGGCACUUGCUACCUAACACCCCUUAUCGGAGCAGUCUUGGCAGAUGCAUACUGGGGAAGAUAUUGGACAAUUGCUGCCUUCUCUACAAUUUAUUUCAUUGGAAUGUGCACAUUGACUCUCUCAGCAACAAUUCCCGCGUUUAAGCCUGCUGAAUGUGUUGAUUCAAUAUGCCCUUCUGCCACUACCCCUCAGUAUGCAGUAUUCUUCCUUGGGCUAUAUCUAAUUGCACUUGGAACCGGUGGGAUCAAACCAUGUGUUUCUUCCUUUGGGGCUGAUCAAUUUGAUGAUACUGAUCCUAAAGAAAGGGUAAAGAAGGGAUCCUUCUUUAAUUGGUUUUAUUUUUCUAUCAACAUUGGUGCUCUUGUAUCAAGUAGUAUAAUUGUGUGGAUUCAAGACAAUGCUGGGUGGGGCCUAGGUUUUGGCAUUCCAGCAUUGUUUAUGGGUGUUGCUAUUGCAAGUUUCUUUGCAGGCACUCCUCUGUAUAGAUUUCAGAAACCUGGGGGAAGCCCUCUUACAAGGAUGUGCCAGGUUUUGGUUGCAUCAUUCCGCAAGUGGAAUUUGGAAGUCCCUACAGACAAUAGUCUCCUGUAUGAAACACCCGAUAAAACCUCAGCAAUUGAAGGAAGCAGGAAACUGGAGCAUACUGAUGAACUGAAGUGCCUGGACAAAGCUGCAGUAGUCUCAGAUGCCGAGAACAAAAAUGGGAACUUUUCCAAUCCAUGGAGGCUUUGCACUGUAACUCAGGUAGAGGAACUAAAAAUCUUGAUGCGCAUGUUUCCUAUUUGGGCUACCGGAAUUCUCUUUUCUGCUGUUUAUGCACAAAUGUCUACAAUGUUUGUCGAGCAAGGGACAAUGAUGGACACGGCCAUUGGCUCCUUCUCCAUCCCUGCAGCCUCUCUUUCAACAUUUGAUACCAUCAGCGUUAUUUUUUGGGUCCCUGUCUACGAUACCUUCCUCGUCCCAAUUGCAAGGAAAUUUACGGGAAAAGCAAGGGGCUUCUCAGAGUUGCAACGGAUGGGAAUCGGUCUCUUUCUUUCAAUCUUUUGCAUGUCCGCUGCUGCUUUGGUGGAGAUGAAGAGGUUGGCACUUGCAAGGGAACUUGGUUUGGUGGAUGAAGAUAUUCCGGUACCAUUGAGCAUCUUGUGGCAAAUACCACAAUAUUUCUUGUUGGGGGCUGCGGAGGUAUUUACAUUUGUCGGGCAGCUUGAGUUCUUUUAUGACCAGUCUCCAGAUGCUAUGCGUAGCUUGUGCAGUGCAUUUUCUCUUCUGACAACUUCAUUGGGAAAUUACUUGAGCUCUUUGAUUCUGACUGUCGUGACAUCUAUAACGACCGCAGGCGGGCAGGCUGGGUGGAUACCGGAUAACUUGAAUGAAGGUCAUCUUGAUUAUUUCUUCUGGCUUUUGGCUGGACUCAGCUUCUGUAACUUGGUGGUUUAUGUCUUCUGUGCCAAAAUCUAUAAGCAGAAAAAGGCUUCUUAAAAGCUUUGCUUUUUUUAUCAUGGUAUCUACCUCCACCAAUUCUAGUCAAAUGUUUGAAUAUAAUCGAUACAUUUUUAUUGGAAUUUCAUUUCAUAUUUCAAUCCAAGUUCAAAGAAUAUGUUUGUAACAUAAGUUGGGGUACAAGAGCAUUGUCUACUUGUAACUGUAUUGCACUGAUAUUUACACUUACACGGUGUAGAACUUCAUUUUCUUCUUCUUAUGUACAUUUUAAAAAUAAUUUGUGUAA